AUGUCUAUCGAAUCAGACAUCACUCCACCUUACCCCCUCCACGACUCUGUCAAGGACUUGCUAGAUCCCGAAUAUGUUGCCUUUUAUAACCAGUACGUGAUCGAUAAGCAACAGGUACAUCUCCAGCCUGUGGAGGCCUCGCGCGCAAGCGGUAUCUUGAUCCCCGGCGGUGGACCUCUCUUGGAGGUCGGAAAGACCCAGGACCUUAGCCUCAAGCGACGGGUUACGGAUGGGCCUGAGAUCCGGCUGCGCGCGUUCACGCCCAAGGGGGAGACGCCGGCCUGUGGGUGGCCCGUGAUGCUGUAUUUCCAUGGAGGCGGAUGGGUCCUGGGGAACAUUGACACGGAGAAUCCGGUGUGUACGAAUCUGUGUACGAGGGGGAACUGCGUGGUCGUGACGGUAGAUUAUCGACUUGCUCCUGAAACCCCCUGGCCGGCUGCCGUCCACGACUGCUGGGAAGCCCUUCUUUGGCUGCUUUCCGACGGGCCCUCAACACUCUCAGUCAACCCGGCCAUGAUCGCAACUGGGGGUUCGUCUGCAGGGGGGAACCUUGCCGCAAUCAUCACCCAUAAAGCUCUUACCCUCUCGCCCCCCGUUCACUUCCUCGCCCAGCUUCUCUCCGUCCCAGUAACCGACAAUACCGCAACGGGCGCCAACAACGUUUCCUACCGGGUGUAUGAGUAUACACCGGCCCUACCCGCAGCUAAAAUGCUCUGGUACCGCAACCAUUAUCUACCCAGUGAGGCAGACCAGUCCCAUCCGGAGGCGAGCCCGCUGUUUUACAAGGGGGACUGGUCUGCUCUCCCGCGGGCGCUGGUCAUGGUGGGUGAACUGGAUGUGUUGCGGGCGGAGGGAGAGCAGUACGCGGAGAAGCUGAGGCAAGCGGGGGUGGAGGUAGACCUGCAGGUGAUGAAGGGGAUGCCGCAUCCGUUUUUGGCGAUGGACGCCGUGUUGAAGGAGGGGAAGAGGUCGAUUACUUUGAUGUGCGAUUUGCUGGCGGAGGUGUUUUGGGGAGCGCCCGAGAGGGUUUUUAGGGUUAGGAAACUGAUAUCAUGA